AGGAUAUUCAGUGCGUUUGCACUGACAAUUAUCUUUUUAAUCUGAGAGGAUGUAGUAAUAAUAUUAACAGCCUUUUAUAAAAGGCUUUUAUUGAACGAACUGUCAAAAUAAUACGGAUCUAACUUAGCUGGAGAAGGUUUUUAACACAGAUGAAAAUGAAAAUACCGAAGAAUAUCCUGUUACGCUGUUCUCGCAGUGAUUCAGUCGAAUUGUUGACUUUUUUCAAAAGUUGCAUUCGAAAACAAACUACAUAUGUGUUCGACGCUGUUUCACCUGAAGCUCUGAACAAUGCUCGCCCGUUUGAAGAAAUCCCGGGACCUAAAGCCUUGCCGCUGAUUGGAAAUUUGCAUAGAUAUCUGCCAAUUACAGGUGAAUAUUCGAAAGAAAAAUGGCACGAAACGCAGAGAAAAAAGUUUGAGGAAUUUGGCCCGAUCGUUCGCGAAGUAAUCGUACCAGGAUACAACAUGCUUCAUCUUUAUGAUCCUAAAGAUAUGGAAAUUGUUAGUAGGAAUGAAGGGCGUUAUCCAAGAAGGGAUUUCUUCCUUGGUAUGAGAGCUCUUAGAGAAGAAAAUCCACAUCUGUAUUCUACUGUUGGAGUUGCUGCUGGUAAUGGGGAAGACUGGUAUCUAAUCCGAAGUCGAUCUCAAAAGGCUAUGAUGCGACCCCAGAUCAUGAAAACAUAUCUGCCCCAGAUGAAUCUUAUCGCCGAUGAUCUGAUUCGCAGAAUUCGUCUUCUUCGUCAAGCUAAUCACCAAGUACCCAAGUUUAUGGACGAACUCUUCAAGUGGGCACUCGAAUCUGUAACAUAUAUUCUCUUCAAGCAGCGAAUGGGCUGUCUUGCAGAUGAUAUUGGCCCAGAUUCCCAAGCAAAGAAGUACAUCCAGUAUGUUAACGAUUUCUUCCGACUGUCGGCAAAAGUUGAACUGUCAUCACUACCUAUCUGGAGGGUAUUUCCUUCGCUGUCACCAUCUUUCCAGAAGCUUAAGAAAGUUCAUGAUUUUUUCUUUGAGAGCGCUUUACAGUAUGUGAAUGCAAGAAUGGAGGAACGACAGAAGCUGAUCGAAGAUGACAAUGAUCUACCUUUAAUAGAACUACUUCUCAAGUAUUGUUCCCCAAGAGACGCCAGUGUAAUGGCCGUGGAUGCUAUGGCCGCAGGGAUAGAUACAACUUCUCUGUCUGUCGCUUACGUUUUGAGAAAUCUUGCUGCCAAUCCCGCUUGCCAGAAGAGGUUACAGGACGAAGUGGACCGAGUGUUACCGGAAGGAAAGCCUUUAACUGUUCAAGCUAUGGAACAAAUGCCGUAUCUUAGGGCUUGUGUGAAAGAAAGCAUGAGGUUAUCACCAACUGUUCAGGGUACAUCGCGAACAUUGGACAAAGAUAUUGUUCUUUCUGGAUAUCGAAUACCUGCCAAUACGUUAAUUACGCUCAACUACUACGUGUCUAGCGUGCAAGAAAGCAACUACCCAAACGCUAAAAAGUACGUACCUGAACGAUGGCUGAGGACGGAAACUGGAGCACCUACUACGCCAGAUUCUUUUGCUUUCCAACCAUUUGGUUUCGGACCAAGGAUGUGUAUUGGGAGGAGAAUAGCCGACCUCGAAAUGCUAACAUUGCUGACCAAAAUAAUGCAGAAUUUCUGGGUUGAAAAUAGAAACCAAGAAAUAGAUAUCAACUUUCAACUCGUCCUUAUGAUCAAGAGCCCACUCCGAUAUGAAUUUCACGAAAGGCGAUAAAUUUGGAUCAACGCUAGCUUCAUGGGAACAAAGGGAUCACUUUGAUCGAUCUUUUCUAAGUUUUACGAAGUUACCAAUAUUAAGACACUGCAGCUACGGAUAUGAGCUUUUGUAUUUAUUUAUUUAUUUUAUUUAUUUAAAAUGUAUUUUAAUUACAUUCCUGAUAAACAGUUCAACAGACAAUUUUCUUUUAUUAAUGAGAUUAAUAUUAAUUUUGAAGCUAAGUAAAGUGACGUUUUUUAAAUGAAAUGUUUGGUUUAAAUGUAUUCGCAGUGUAAAAAAGGAAGAUAUUUGCAAAGUGUUAUUUCACAUCAUCAUGUCGUAUGUUAUUCAACUCAUUUCAGAAAUUUCAUUUUAUGCUCAUGCAUAAUUUAUAGCCGAAACAAGUAGUACCUGUAGUUUUAAUUGCUUUUGUGUCGAAGAAAUGGAACGAUUUAUUCAUUCAUUAGAAAUGUGAUAAAAAUAUUUGAUGCUGAUAUCCAUAAACGGUUAAAAUUGCUGGCUAUUUAGUAUACUUGUUUUUACAUUAAAAGUUUUUAUUUGUUUA